UCGUUUCAAGAAACGUAGCCUAGCUAUAAUCUUAAAAUAUAUUUCGCGUCUCCUUUUAUGCAUGCAAUAUAUAUAAAAUCAUCAAAUAAGUAUGGAAAGCACUAGUCUUUAUAACCCUGCUUCUUCGGCACCAAAGAUGGAACGGAAAUACAUAGAGAAGAACAGGAGGUGUCAGAUGAAGACUCUUUACUUCAAGCUCGGCUCUCUCCUCCCUCGUCAACACUGCAAGGAGGGAUCGGCACUGCCGGAUAAGAUAGAUGAAGCAGUGAAAUACAUUCAAAGCUUACAGUUAGAGCUAGAGAAACUAAAAGACAACAAGGACAAGUUGAUGAGUAGGAAAAGAGAGCAUUCUUGCAUAACAGAUGAUACUAUGUCACCUAUAAAAAAAUCAAGAUCUCCUCACUUGGAAAUUCAAGAAAUGGGACCUGACAUGGACAUGGUUUUAGUAAACGGCUAUGAUUCAUUUAUUAAUUUCAAUGAGAUAAUACAUGUGCUUCAUCAACAAGGUGCUGAGGUUGUGCAGGCCAGUUUUUCCAGCACUGGGAAUUCAGUCUUCCACAUUUUGCAUCCAAAGUUUGCGGGCCCCACGUGGCGUUAUGAAGCUACUGCAAAUAUUUCGACUAGAUUGAACGAGCUGAUUUAUGGAACAUCUCCCAGCUACUUGGAACUAGAAUCAAACCUGGAUAUAUGGGAUUUCGAAAUUAUAGAUUUUUAGCUGAUUAAAUAAGCUAUGGAUCCUAGGAUGUCACAGUUAAGACAAAACGUACCACACCCGAGUUUUUAUUAUCUAUCUGGAGCGUGUUGGUGCUAUAUUUAUAUGUGUACUUCCAGUUUUUGCAGAAAACAUGCGACUAUAGAUUAUUAAUUAUUUA